AUGGACAUGAGCUAUUCCAAGUGCGCGAGCGCGCUAAAAAAGGCGGUGCUUCUGGGGGAAACAGACCCAGUGAAGGCGUACGGAAAGAUGUAUGCGGUGCUAGUCGUAAGCAGGGCGAACGGGCACGCGAAUCUGGAGGAGGAGGCCAUUUCGUGGCUGAUUUCCGUGUACAAGGAAAGAAGAGGCGCACGCCUUUUUUUGGCAGGCGAGUUUAUGGAGAGGCUAAAGGCUGCAGUGCAGGGCCUUACCCUGGACAGCGACCGAAAGUGUCUGCAGGAGAUUCUGGGGGUUCCAAUAGAAAAGCGGGCGCGCGUGGAGGUUGAGCAAAAGGCGUUCCAAGAGCUGGAGCCUGCUCUCAAGACAAGCGCAGCGCCGACUCGGGGCGGGCGCGGAAACGACAAAAAGCGAGUGCGCGAAGCCCGGGGCAAGGCGCAGCAGGCGUCUCGAGAGUACAUUUUGCAGAAGCGAAGAGACGACCGGGAGUAUUCGGAGAAGCUGCGGCGAAUGGAGGAAUCGCUGAAAAGGCAGUAG